GAACCAUAGUGGGUGAAUUUAUAUAUAAUUAAGUGCAAUGGCUGAUGCUUUGGGUGAUGACAUAGUUGACAUCUAUGAUGAAGUUGAAAUUGAAGAUAUGGAAUAUGAGGAUGGAAUUCUAUACUAUCCAUGUCCUUGUGGAGAUAGGUUCCAGAUCCCAGCAGAAAGUUUAGCAGGAGGAGAGAAAAUAGCAACAUGUCCUUCAUGCUCUCUUAAAAUUGAGGUGAUAUUUGAACUUGAUGAACUCAAUGAAACUCUCACUGAUUUAGCAGGCGAGCCAAUCUCUGUAUGCUAAUUUUACACUAAUAAUUU